GGUCGGAUCUCGGAAACCUAAAGGGCCAAGUCCUAAACCGAGUUCAAAACCCCAACACCUUGUAUACUAUUGUCAGUUGAAGUACACUCUAAAGUCUAAACCUUUGAGCACACCAAUUUCAUGCCACCAUGGCUGACUGACCUUUACCUUCUCAAUUGAGUAAAGGCUUUCUACCCUUUUUCUUUCUCUCUAUUACCUGAAUUGGGUUGAAUUCAAUUUCCAAAAUUUCUGCAAUUUUUGCAUUUUUUUCUUUCAAUUGUUUUUGUGAAGAAAAAGGGGGGAAAUUGAUGAAAAAUGGCGAGCAGUGCGAAAAACAAUGGAAUUGAAGACGGAGAGGUUUCUACUCAAAUGGCAGAACAGCUUGAAAGAUCUCUUAAACAAGGAGAGAGAUUAGUGGGUCCUACUCGUAGACCAGAUGGUACUCUUCGCAAACCCAUCAGAAUUAGGGCUGGUUAUGUUCCUCAAGAAGAAGUUGCAAUUUAUCAAUCCAAAGGAGCUUUGUGGAAAAAGGAGCUGGAGUCACAAGGGCCACCUGGAUUUGUUCCCGAAACGGAGGCAAAGCCCAAAAGCAAAUCUGUUAAGAGGAAUGAGAGAAAGAAAGAAAAGAGACAGCAGGCUGCCGUUGAAAGGGUAAGUAACCCAGAUCAUUCAGCUGUCGAGGAUCUGAAGGAGACAAGUUCUAUAGAUCCUAAUCUAAAGCAAUCUCUGGAGUCUGCUGCUUCUCAGAUUAGUCAACUAGCUCUUUCUACAAGCACGGCUACUAGUAAACCUUCAGUGGAUCCUGCAGUAGGAUCAGAUACAGCCAAUGCAGGUGUAGAUAUUGACAAAAAGAUCCGAGCUUUGAAAAAGAAGAUUCGGCUUGCAGAAGCUCAAUUACAGAAAGCUAGCCCGGAAGAUAUGAAGCCUGAGCAGCUUGAAAAGGUCAAGAAGUUGGAAGGUUGGCGCGAGGAGCUAAAGCUUUUGGAAGGUGAAAAAAUGACAGAAUCAACGUCGUGACCCUCAUUACUUGUAGUCGCUAUUCAACCAAGCUUGUCUCGAUUAGUCGCUAGCUGAACCCCCCACUAGGGUCUAGGGGCUCUUUAGAGAAGGUACCUCCCCCCACCUCUCGAGGGGUGUACUCUAGAGUGUUUGAGCUUUUAUUGGUCAGGGGAGUUGUGAUGGUGUCAACUCAAAAUUAUAUACUAGUAUAUUUAGUCAUAGCUGCACAUAACGUGUGGUAUUGUUGAUUAUUGUGAUUCGGUGGAGAAGAGUUGCUUUGUUAGAGUCCAAUAUUUGUGGUUUGUGCCAUUGUAACUUAUGUUUUACAUGCCGUGUUAUGAAAUUUAGUCAUGUAACAUUUGCACUGCAAAUUUCCUUUUUGAUAUCGUACUGCUUUGCAUUCAUUAUU